AGGAGAGCCGUGAUGUUUUCUCCACACGAAUCAGCAUGCCUCCUCCUAUCGCGUCGACACACGGACACGCCGCUAGGGCUACUCUCCGUAGUACGUAGUAGAAGAGGCAGCUUUGUCCGCCGGCCCACUGACUGACAAUCGGCGUGUACUGUACCCAAUGCGAGAAAAGAAGAUGCACCCCACUCCAUGACCUCCGCUUCCUCUUCUUCUUCUUCCUCCUCCUCCUCCUGCAUCCGAUUGUAUCGAAAUUCGCUAAAUGGGAUUCACCAGCGUUUCCACAGCAACGUGCACUUAUUCGUCAAAUGAGGACGAGCGAGAGGAUUUAUUAACACGUCUCUGAUUUGUGUUGGGCUUUAUCUCAAGAAAAACGGUCUGCACAUGGGGGCUGGCAAGAGCAAGCCCAAGGAACCGGGCCAGCGCUCCAUGAGCGUGGACGGCACCAUCGGGACGGGCUCAGACAGCGGACACUUCCACCACCUGAGCCCCGCCCAGCAGACCCAAACCCCGAACAGGAGUCCUGCGGUGGGCACGGGGCGGCGAGGUUACCAAGGGUACCAGCAUGCACCCACCAACACCCCUGAGCUUGCUCUCUUUGGAGGAGUCGACCACACGGGCACGGUCACUUCGCCUCAGAGAGGACCUUUGUCAGGAGGUGUCACUACGUUUGUGGCUCUGUAUGAUUAUGAGUCACGGACAGCAUCCGAUCUGACCUUUCGGAAAGGCGACAGACUGCAGAUUGUCAACAACACAGAAGGGGACUGGUGGUUGGCUCGCUCCCUGACGACCGGAGAGAGCGGUUACAUCCCCAGCAAUUACGUGGCCCCGUCAGACUCCAUCCAGGCGGAAGAGUGGUAUUUUGGGAAGAUCACUCGGCGAGACUCAGAAAGGAUCCUUUUGAAUUUACAGAACAGACGAGGAACCUUCCUGGUGAGGGAGAGUGAGACGACAAAAGGAGCUUACUGCCUUUCGGUGCUGGAUUAUGACAACACCAAAGGUCUGAAUGUGAAACAUUACAAGAUCAGGAAGCUGGAUAGCGGCGGCUUCUACAUCACGUCCCGCACGCAGUUCACCAGCCUGCAGCAGUUAGUCUUCCAUUAUCGCAGUGAGUAUGCAGACGCUUACUGCACAAAAGCUCUGAAACCCUCCCUGACGUCUCACAUUGCUCAUCCUACAGAGCAUUCCGAUGGGCUGUGCCACGCCUUGACCGACGUGUGCCCCGUGGCCAAGCCUCAGACGCAGGGUCUGGCUCGAGAUGCCUGGGAGAUCCCUCGAGAGUCCCUCCGGCUUGACCUUAAACUCGGCCAGGGCUGCUUCGGAGAGGUCUGGAUGGGCACGUGGAACGGUACGACACGGGUGGCCAUUAAGACCCUAAAGCCGGGUACUAUGUCACCAGAGGCCUUUCUGCAAGAAGCGCAGGUCAUGAAGAAACUCAGGCAUGAGAAGCUGGUCCAGCUUUACGCCGUGGUGUCUGAGGAACCCAUCUACAUCGUGACCGAAUAUAUGAGCCAAGGCAGCUUACUAGACUUCCUCAAAGGAGAAGCAGGCAAAAUGCUUCGACUGCCUCAGCUGGUGGACAUGGCAGCGCAGAUUGCAGCGGGGAUGGCGUAUGUGGAGAGGAUGAACUACGUGCACAGAGAUCUGCGCGCCGCCAACAUCCUGGUGGGAGACAACCUGGUGUGCAAGGUGGCCGACUUUGGCUUGGCGAGACUCAUAGAAGAUAACGAGUACACUGCCAGGCAGGGAGCUAAGUUCCCCAUCAAGUGGACGGCCCCCGAGGCUGCUCUUUAUGGACGCUUCACCAUCAAGUCGGACGUGUGGUCCUUCGGGGUGCUGCUUACAGAGCUGGCCACGAAAGGCCGAGUCCCUUAUCCAGGCAUGGUGAACCGCGAGGUUUUAGACCAGGUGGAGCGCGGCUACCGGAUGCCGUGCCCGUCCGAGUGUCCCGGCUCCCUGCACGAGCUCAUGCUCUCCUGCUGGCGGAAGGACCCGGAAGAGAGGCCCACCUUUGAAUACCUGCAGGGCUUUCUGGAGGACUACUUCACCUCCACGGAACCGCAGUACCAGCCUGGGGAGAACCUAUAGAACCGCGCGCACACAGUCACGCACACACACUGCUACGCACAUAUACACACAAAACAUACAGUCUGCACUAAACCACCUCAGAGGAAGACAGAAACCUGCGAGGAAGCCUCUGUGCCAUCAUGGACCCAGAGAGGCUUCUUUCUGGACUUUCUGGAGACCUGCAAGUUUGUUCAGGACACACUCAGGCUUUGAGGAGUAAGGCACGAGACUGACGUAAAAGGGUCUCAACACUGCGUCUAAAGGGGAGAGAAAGUCUACUGAAACCAUCCCCCGGUCUUAUGGUACUUUUUUUCCACCCGCAAAAGGCACCGUAAGAGCAGGCAACUUUUGUCCGGAAUCACGUGUGGUUUGGGACAAAGUGGUCCCGGUAAUUUUGCCAUCAGAGCCAUAAUUGGGGUGGAAAAUUGCUCUGAAGUUUUCAUGGGAAGUUAAUUUGGGGAGUUUUUGAAUGAUUCCAAAUUGGAACGUUUCCAUGGGUACAGUAUUAUGAUAAUCAACCGGAAAUUGAGGGUAGUUUCAUGGAAAUGUAUCACAUUCAACUGAGCAUAAAUAUCAACUUUUUUUCUGUCGUAAGCAGACAUUCAAACAGAUUGCUCUCAACAACAGUCACCGUACUCGAGUUGCUCAAAUGGUUGUUUUCACCUGACUUAGGGACAGCGCGUGUUUGAAGCUCGCUUGCAAAACAAAGCAAAAAAAAUAAAAAUCAACCAAAAAACAACCAUCAAUUUAGUAAACCCCUUACUUAUUGCCAUGAGAGUUUCCAAAUAUGAAAAUUCCCGCAUUUUGCAAGCCAAGCCAUAACAAAAGGGGUUAGUGUGAAAGGCGGGACAGGAGUGUGAAGUUUGGAAAACACUUCACACAUCCGGUUUUGUCAAAAGCAAUCGUUAAGCGCCGACGUCAUUUCAUGUUUUAAUGGCGGGACGGUGUGUUUGAGAAAGCACACCCGGAUUUUCGGGUUCUGUGUGAAAAUUCGGUUCCGGCUCAGAUGAGCCAUUUUGCGGGCCAUCCCUUGGCCGUUUUGUGGGGUCUCUGAGUGAAAGUGAUUCCACUCCUGCGUGACCUUUCAAAGUCUCUCCAGUUUUCAAUGCAGUGCUGCUGCGUCUUCAACCUCCUUCAUGUUUACACGGAAAUGAUCGCAAUCAUGAUAAUCAGUAGGCAUACUUGCUUGAACCAAAAUGUCUCAGUCAGGUUCUGUUCAAAUCGGGCCAAGACAAAAGACAAUAGCAAGCAUUUUGGCCAUAGUUGUCCCGUCCACUGUCACCGCCCACACAUACGGGUGUUUUGGUGUACUUUCACGAGGAUCAGAUCUAAAUGUUGUGUUUGUAACAGUGCUACAGAUUUUGACAAGGGCCCAAAACGGUUUCACUUUGAUUUGGAAGACAUUUUUCCACAUAAAAGACAGCUCGCUGUUUGAUUUGAGCUGACAUGAUAAUUGGAUGCAUAGGUGCUUGUUUUGCGGAGGCUCCAAAGUCCAACACUAUCAGGACGCUGGUUUUGACCUUUCGAGUCAUUCAUAUUGUGAAAAACUAAGCCGAAUUAAUUGAGUCCAGAAGCAAACACUUCCUAGCAUAAAACCUUCUUACCUCGACAGGUAAUU